AUGGUAAUGCCUCUAAGACAUACUCUUAAUGCUUUGCUUCUUGAAACGAUUCCGGAUCAUAUCCCGACGGCACUUGCUGGUAAAGUCCUGCCAAAACUUAGGGUUAUUCGCAGUAUCCAUAUCACAGCCAAACCUCGCCGACCAAUUUGGUUCCAAUGGGGCAUUUUCCGCACCGUAGAAGUAUUCAUUGCCAAUUAUCCAAAUGCCAAAGGGUACUGGGAGUCAGCUCUGAAAGAUAUCAACAAACUCAAGAAAGCUCCUAAAUUGAAACACUUCAUUUUCAUUACUCACAAUUCAAAAAUCAAGAGCAACCCAAUUUUAGUCGAACUAUUCAAAGCUUGGGGAAUUGUGUGCCACUUCCGAACUGAAAUGAAUCAUAUUGAUGUGCUGAACUUUAUUGAUCGACUUGAUGAGGUAGUUGUCGAAAGUAAAACUUUGGAGCACUGA